AUGGUGGCGCAGUUCCAGUGGCCAAUACUAGGGGUCGUGAUUCCCGUCGCUUUAAUAUCAGUGGUUGCCUAUGGGUCGCACUUCUUCAUUUUGAGACAUCACUUGUCCGCGCAGGAGCAAAUCGGAUACGAAUGCAUGGUUUCGAUGAUUUGGGUUUCGUACGCGUUGGCCAUCUUUAAAGAGCCCGGCCGCCCUCCCAAGAAGUACGAGCCGCGAGCUGGCGAGUGGAGGAGAUUUUGCAAGAAAUGUCAAGGUUUUAGGCCUCCACGAACGCACCACUGUUCACAAUGCCAGCAAUGCGUCUUGGAGAUGGACCACCACUGUCCGUGGACAAUGAACUGUGUAGGACACGAGAACUUUCCGCAUUUUAUGAGGUUUUUGUCUUGGAUUCUCAUUGGCUGCACCUAUUUGCUAGUGCAAUUGUGCCUGCGCAUAAUGGAGUACUACAACAUGCUGGAGAUGCCUAUAUAUCUAGUUGACAAGGUGGAGCUCUCUGCUGUGAUUGUGUUUACUCUUGCCGAUCUAUUUGUCUUGCUCACGAUUGGCUUGUUGUUCAUUCGAUGUGUGUGGAACAUGGGCAAAGGGAUGACCCAGAUUGAAACCUGGGAGUGGGAACAACUAGAAAGCCAAUUUCGCCAAAGACGGCUCUGGAGCCAAAUACGCGAGAACUACGAGAAGCUACAUAAGAGCAAAUUGCCGCCCCUUUCAACGUGGACGAACGCGAGCCUGCAGCAGCAAGCCGACGAAGAUGGCAUGGUGGAAACCCACGAAUUGAUGCAACUCGACAGCCAGCAGGAGGAGGAGGAAGAGGACGCAAGCACGGGAAACUUCCAAAACACAAAGAGAAGACUGAGGAGCAAUAGCGAGCAAGUGGAGGUGCCGCUGAAUUUCACAAUCGACGACGUGAUUUUCCCGUACGACUACGGGUGCUGGGGAAACUUUACGCUGGCCUUGGGGCCCGUCUAUAGCUGGAUGAUCCCGUGCUGCGGUCCAAAGGGGAACGGCUAUGACAUAUCUGCAUCUAAAGAGUUUGAAGAGUUUGACCAGUUGGGCUUGCCGUGGCCUCCCAAUUUUGUUUAUCAAGAUAUCGGCGUCAGGGACUCGAAUUACAUCACGAAACGCGAAUGGCGAAACGAUAUGGGUGAAAGCUUAACAGACUACGGAGUUGACAUGGAGGCCGAAGAUUAG